UUCAACAAGGCUUCAUUCUCACCAUCACUAGGAGGAAGAAUCGCGGUUCUACCCCUUCUAUAUCUCACUUUCGACUCAAAUUUGUAACGGUGGUUCCUUGUGGUAGCGAUUAAUUUGAGUGUCUCGUAGCGAUAUUCCAUCAUAUGUAUGUGGUAGUUUAAGAAACGAAUAGUGGUAUCAAUCGCCAUUUUAACAGCACGGUUUCCCUUACAGAGGCGCUAGCACAACAAUGGCUCUGAAAAGAAUUCACAAGGAGUUAAAUGAUUUGGCACGGGAUCCACCAGCCCAGUGUUCAGCAGGACCAGUAGGAGAUGACAUGUUUCACUGGCAAGCCACAAUAAUGGGACCUAAUGACAGUGCUUACCAGAACGGGGUUUUUUUCUUGACCAUACACUUCCCAACAGACUACCCAUUCAAACCACCAAAGGUUGCAUUUACCACAAGAAUCUACCACCCAAAUAUCAACAGCAACGGCAGCAUUUGUCUUGACAUCCUGCGAUCACAGUGGUCUCCAGCUCUCACCAUCUCUAAAGUCCUCCUGUCCAUCUGCUCUCUGCUGUGCGAUCCAAACCCGGAUGACCCAUUAGUACCUGAGAUUGCCCGCAUCUACAAGACUGACAGGGAAAAGUACAACAAAAUAGCUCGGGAAUGGACAGCAAAGUAUGCAAUGUAGUGUUGGGAUAGUGUUGGUCAACCACCUCUACGGCAUAAGGUUAGGGGAGCUUCAGAUGUAAAGAGGAAACAAAACAAACAAAAAAAACAUACAAACGAAAACUUUAAAACAAGAUCUUGUUGGUUUCCAUUGGAGUGCUUUCUUUGAGCCACGCCUCCCCGACACCAGAGUACCUGUAAAACUCCCUCUGCUCCCACCUCACUCCCUCCCAUUUCACAUCAGCCGCCCGCCCGCCCUCUACUGUACAUAAUGUCACCUUUCAGCGGUAACACCCUCCUCUCCACGCUUCCCUUUCACAUCCACCUUCCCAUGUGACCCCUCCACCCACCUCCUGACCUCCUGUAUUCCGUUGCAUCUAUCACCAUGCAGGUUGGGUACUCCCAACCCCCCAGUCCCUGAUUUUUCCGCACGCACACCCGCACCCAUUUCUUCCAGAUGUUAAAAAGCAUCAUUUUGAGCAUCUCUAAAACUUUGAGGGGACCUCCUCCCUCACUCCUCUUCUCCCCCCCCCUCCAGUGGGGGGGAGGAGAGGGGACAAAAAAGGAGGGAUUUUUACACUCUGCACCCUUUCUUGUUUUGUUGUCCUUUAUAAUUUUCAUCUGUUGAGGUGACGAUACAAGAAAGCAGUUUUCACACGCGAGUCAAAGAGCACUCUGAGUUUUAUACCACAAAUAGUUAAAUUCCAGGCUGUGUAAAGCGGGGGGGGGGGGGGGGAAAUGCACAUGGCCUAUUCUGAUCUUCUGUUGGAUUCUGUGAAAGGACUUGAAUUUAUCCCCACACCUCGUGCUCCUCACUCUCUCCCACCCUUCUGAGGUUGACCUCUUUAUAUACACAUACAUGCACACGCCCAACUGUACAUGUAACAUCGUGUCAUCACCAUCUUUUCUUGACUCAAAGUAAAGGUGUUGGACCAGGUGUUUAAGCAAAAUUAUUAUUUUUUUUUUUAAAGUUUAACCUGUUUUUAUCCCCCAUAACUUGUUCCCCCCCCUCUCUUUCAAUUAUUGAAUUAGGGCCUAACAUCAUAAAAAGGCUAUUGGACUGGCUUUGGCUCUGGGUGCGAGGAGAACCCACUCUUCUUGCACAAAUCCUCUGUAUAUUGAAUUACCUGAAAGGCUCAUUGAGCUUUGUGUGUUGAUUAAACUGUAAUAAAAUGGUAUGACUCC